UCCAUGCAACGUGGAGUGCGAGGGACUGCCGUGGAUAGGCUUCGAGCUCAAUUUCGAGAGGAAAUUAUGUAACCGCGGAUUCAAUUUCCGGAUAGAUAGAUGCGGUCUGUGAGUUCUGUGCAACAUCCCAAAGCAGAACUGGUCUCAAUUGAUGUCUGGCAGAGGGAACGUGCACAUGAUUUGAUUUGAUUCAAUUUUGAUUUGACCGCGAGAGUCAAUCUUGUAUGCGUGGCGGGCUACUCUUUGAUCGAAUCUUGAGAGGGCGGGUUGUUCUCCUCAAGAUUCAUGUCUAUCUUUCGCCGUGUCGACAUUGCCCUCGGAGUCGGUCUUGCGGGGAAAUGUUGGAAAUAUGAAUCAGGCUAUUCAGGAGCUCGAGGCGUUACGACUCAAGGACACAGCUCAAACUUCGUCAUUACCACGAACGUGUUUGCGAAAGCUUUGCAACACAAGCUGCAAGAAGCGACCAGAGCGUCACCACCUUCUUGGUCGAGAAAAAAUCCAGAGGUUAUUGCAAGGAGUGGCCGGUCUUUACUGUAUGAGGAUUCUGACACCUAUGUGCUGAUGGAGCCCGGUGAAGAAGAGGUAUUCGUCAACGAAUCGGAGCUACGACAGAGAUUGAAGUCAUGGCUUGUCAAUUGGCCAGGAAACGAGCUUCCUGACGAUCUAGCGAAAUUAGGAAGGUUAGACGAUGUGAUAGAUUACCUUGUUGCUUCAGCUUGUGAGCUCGAUCUCGGUGGUGGUAUGGGUUCUAUACAGUGGUAUCAGGUGAGAUUGGAGUAAAGUCAUGGCCAGAUGUCUUUACUCCCCAUCGUGGCCUAAUGACUAAGGCCGUAUGAUUGUAUCUACUUGCACUUGAAAUCAAAACGUCUGUAGAUUAUCCCAG